AUGAACUACACCGGCAUCGGAGCGGGGACAUUGAAAGUCACCGACUAUGUUAUAUUUGUGGCAACGGUAUUGUGUUCAUUCCUGAUCGGAUUAUUUUUUGCAUUGUGGGAGCGAAAGAAGAAUCACAACAAUCCGGAGGAAUACUUCUUAGCCGGACGCAAGUCUAGGCUCCUGCCGGUGACUUUGUCUUUCAUCGUAACUUUCCAAUCGUCUAUCAUAAUGUUGGGAUAUCCAGCAGAGGUGUAUCUCUAUGGUGCUAUCUACGUUUACUACAUGAUAUCCAUAGUCAUCUCUUUCACAUUCACCGCUUUCUUCAUCGUUCCCGUCUUCUACCCUCUUAAGCUAACGACUGUUUACGAGUACCUGAACUUACGUUACGGCGAUAACGUUCUACGCUACGUUACUAUGGCAAUGGGCAUUUUCUACAAUGUAUUCUACAUGAGUUCAGUCACAUACGGAACGUGUGUGGCUCUAGACGUCGUGAUGGGCCUACCUUAUUGGGCUACCAUCGUCAUUUAUACAUCCGUUACUACAAUUUACACCUCCAUCGGUGGAAUAAAGGCAGUCAUUUGGACUGACGUUUUCCAGUUUGUCAUUAUGACAACUGGCAUAUUGGCGGUAAUUAUAAAAGGUAUCAUUGAAGUUGGCGGUAUAUCGCAAGUGCACAAAUACAGUGAGAGUCGUAUGAAUUUCAACCAAUUCGGAUUAGACCCACGAAUACGAUACACAUUCUGGAAUUUGGGGGUAACAUCUGUUCCUAUGUGGUUGUAUACAGGUUACAUGCAACCGGCGAUGCAAAGAGUAUACUCAACGCCAGAUGUAACGACCGCAAGAAAUAUGUACCUCAUUUCCGCCCCUGUUUAUAUACUCAUAUGUAUUGGUACAAUUUUCGAAGGACUGGUCAUUUUUGCAUACUAUACGUCGAAGGGAUGUGACAUUUACAAUGGUGGGAUAAUAAACAAUAUCAACCAGCUUGUACCGUACACAGUGUUAGAGUUGUUUGGAGAUCUUCCAGGCCUACCAGGUCUUUUCAUCGCCGCGUUGUCCAGUGCCGCAUUUAGCACACUGUCUUCGUGUCUCAGCUCGCUCUCUGCCAUCGCAUAUGAAGACAUCAUAAAAGUCCGAAAUCCAAACAUUGGUGCUCAAGUAGCUACAAACUUAUCACGGUUAGUAACUAUUCUGUUUGGGCUUAUCGCGCUAGCAGUGACAUUCCUGGUAUCAAAUAUACCUGGCUCAGUUAUCUCACUAUAUGCAAGUUUCGUUGCUUGUAUGGAUGGCCCGACUUGUGCAAUAUUCAUGUUGUCAGCGUUCAGCCGAAGAGUAACGACAAAGGGAGUGUUAUUCGGAGCGACGUGUGGGAUGGCUAUACCUCUAUGGUUAAAUCUUGGCAAGCUAUUCUCUGAUAUUCCAGCAGAUACUUCUUUACCAGCAGGUCCAACAGACACUUGCUCGAGUGCGUCAAAUUUCACUUCCCUGGCAUCCGUUACACCAAACGAGUAUUCGACUGUUACCUACAUGCCAUAUGACGAAACAUCGACUGCUUUUGUGCACGCAACUCACAGCCUUUCAGGAAUGCAGGAGUUCUAUCGUGUGUCAUAUAUGUACUAUUCUUUCAUUGGAUUUACUAUUUCUUUUGUUGUUGGAUUCUUAGCCAGUUUGUGUUGUGAAGCUCCAAAACGUGUGGACAACAGAUGUUUGUUUGAAUUCCGUAAACAUGUUUUAGGCAAACAAUCAGACACUAUGAACGAGGAAACAAUUGCAAAAGUAAAUGAGGAGGAAGCGUUAAUGUAAACCAAAUUGAAUUUUAGUUUUUAACUCCAAAUAACCACAAUUAGUUUAGAAUCUUUAAAAUCGCAUCACACUUCCGUUUGUAUAUAUAACAACACGUUAUUGGUUGUCCGGUUAGUGCAGUGGUUAUCGCACUCGCUUUUCACCAAGGAGACCCGGGUUCGAUUCCCGCCCUGGGCGCAUGUGAGUUUGGUUGGUGGUCACCAAGCCGGACAAGUGGGUUUUCUACGGGGUCUCCGGUUGCCUCACAACACAAGACCACACUCUCGCUCAACAUCGUGCCAACGAGAGUGACUUAGUAUAAGUUAAUAUCACUUUCUUCACAAUCGUUGUAAAAUAAAUAAAGUUUAAACUAAAGUUUAAACUAACACUUCCUUUAUCACGGGAGUUAGCACAGCAAAUUAUUUAUAUUUGUUAUAAAUUGUAUAAAUAUUUGAGUCAUUUGCAGGAAAUAUUUUUGAAUUUCGUCAUGAUCAACUAAUUUUUGUUUGUAACUUGUCAUGCUUAAGAUAUUUUUGCCAUAAUAUCAACGACCGAGACAACUAAUUACAAGUACCUAAUCGACCAAUGUUUUGAUAGAGUAUGUGUUACAGUACCAAUUAGAUGUCAAUUUAAUUACAGUAGCUGUUGUAAUUAUGUACCUGUUAUGGCAAAUGAAAAUAAUGUUUUAGUUCCAUUGCAUGCUGAAAAAAAUCUGAAUGUAAAUUGGGAAAACAGUUCAUGUUCGUGUGUACAGGUAUGUAUAUUAUUGUAAAAUUACCAUACAUACGCAUUCUGACGUACACUUUGUAUAUAAGUAACACAAUGCAAGUAUGGUAUACACAGAAUGUCAUCGUAGAGAUGUGUCAUUUAUAUAUUGUUUUACAAAAAAUGUGUAAUACAAAAUCAGUGUAACAUAGUUCGAACAACGGACACUUUCGGCAAAUAAACGACAAAUGGUGUUGUUUGCGAUACUCAAAGUGUUGUUUUUUAAAUAUACUACCUGUUGUUAGACGUUGCCAUAUGUUCACAUGUCAAAUGAACAAUUGCUAUAUUGUAUUGUAUUGUAUUGUAUUGUAUUGUAUUGUA